AUGCCAUUGCUGACUUAUUCAACACGAUAUCGUAUACCCGACGAAAGAUUUCAUACAACAGUAACUGUAUUUAUUGGAGAAGUGGUGAAAUUUCUGAUUGCAUCAAUUAUAAUUAUUUUAAAUGAAGCAUCGUUUAGAAAGUAUCUUUCAUCUUGCCACAAUAUUAUCACAGGUAAUUAUACUGAAACGCUUAAAGUAUGCUUAACAGCUAUAAUUUAUACAAUUCAAAAUAAUUUAUAUUAUAUCGCAUUUACACAUUUGGAACCAACCACAUAUUGUUUAAUUCAUCAAAUUAAAAUAUUCAUUACUGCUUUAAUGCUUUGGAUAAUGCUUGAUCAUCAUUUUACAUGGCAACAAUGGUUUGCAUUAAUAUUAUUAGCUGCUGGAAUAGCUAAUAUUCAAAUACAACAUAUUCCAGCUAAUCAAAUUCCUGAAAUUAAUCAAAAACCAUUAUUGGGUUUUGUAGCUGUUAUAACAAUGUGUUUCACAUCUGCUUUUGCUAGUGGAAUAUUUCGUGGUUUUGAUAUUUUGGUAUGGAUAUUAAUUUUAAUGAAUUCAGCUGGUGGAUUGUUAAUUUCGGUCGUUAUCAAAUAUGCUGAUAAUAUUGCAAAAACUUAUGCACAAAGUGCAUCAAUACUUGGUGCAACAUUUGGUUCUUGGAUUCUUUUCAAUUUUACACCACCAUCAUUAUUAUAUUGUUUGGGUUAUAUAGCAGUUAUCAUAUCAAUUAUCAUAUACAAUUCAUAUCCUUAUAAAAAUCAACAACGAAUAAGCUAA